AUAUGUUUUUUCCAUUUUCACCCAGGGAUUGCCCUGAGUGCGCUCCCCAUGUACUUGGGUGAGAUCUCCCCGCGCCAGAUCCGCGGCUCCAUCGGCCAGUUCAACUCCAUCUUCAUCUGCCUGGGAGUCUUCACCGGCCAGGUGCUGGGACUGCCGCAGAUCUUCGGCGAGGAGUCCAGGUGGAACUUCCUGUUUGCCUUCCUGGCGGUGCCGGCCGUGGUCCAGCUGUGUGUGCUGCCCUUCCUGCCCGAGAGCCCCCGCUUCCUGCUGAUGGAGAGACGGGAUGAGGCCAGAGCAGAGAAAGCGUUCCAGGCUUUCCUCGGGAAGCAGGACGUGUCACGGGAAAUCGAGGAGGUCCACGCAGAGAGCCGGGCCCAGACCACGGUUGUGGCGGUGUCACCCCUCGACCUUUUCCGUGACCGCAGCGUCCGCUGGCAAGUCAUCACUGUCGCAGUCACCAUGGCGUGCUACCAGCUGUGUGGCCUCAAUGCGGUGAGUGCCAGCUGACCCAUAAUUCACUGG